AUGAUAGAAAGGGAGUUUGCGGAAUUGAAAAAGGAGUUACCGAAAAUGGCAGCGAGGAUAGAAGAAUAUAGGAUAGAAGAGGAAGCAUCAAAAAAGGAGCUAAGGGAUGUAUUAAACCAGGGAAUCAACGAAUUUAAAUCAUACGCUAGCGUGGCCGCGACAGCAGUAAAAACAGGAGGAAAGGGAAAAACAAAAACCGAAUACGAAACAGCA